AUGAAAAUCAAGGUCGCAACCACCUUCAGUUUCCGUACCGAUAGCAAAGAUGGUCAAAAUGACGAGCGAUUCAUCAGUUCCGCCCUAAUGUUCGAAACCAACGAAGGGUGCACGGUAGAGGGAGGGUGCCAAUGCGGCACGGAUCAGGAAGAAGACGAUAAUCAGUGCCCAGUGCGAGAUGCAUGUAUUGGUCUUGUUCCAGAUGACCAGAUCUCGGAGCCGAAGAAAACAAGUGUUCCAAGGUUCAUGGUCAUUGGGAAACCAUGUACAGGGAAAACAACUCUAGCAAAGCAACUUUGUGAUCAGUUCGGUUGCGAAUUGGUUAACGCCAGCGAACUGGUUCAGUAUCACUUAUCAAGACCCACAGAACAGGGAAUUUUGAUCGAUGAGACUUUGCGUGGAGGCAAUGAUCUGUCAGACGAAAUAGUGCUCGACAUUAUUAAGACUAAGCUGGAGUCCGAACAAUGCAAACAGAAUGGAUAUGUGAUUGACGGGAUACCAACGCACAGCGAACGAUCAAUGACGAUUGGUGAGCAAUUGGACUACAUUUUCUCCCUGGAAAAUGGGCCCACUCAUCUCAUUGAAAUUCAGAUAUCCAACGAAGAUUUGCGCACCCGUUGGGAGGACAUACGAAUUGACCAUCUUGAUGGAAAACUAUAUCCUAAGCCAAGUUAUGAUACUUCUACCCCAACUCCCCAAUCUCCAAUUCCCUCGCCAGAUGGACAUCCAGAUUUUCCAAAAAUUAGUGAUGCAACAAAAAGCCGUUUGCUAACACGUCAUGAAGAGCUACCGGAGAAUUUAGACAAACACUUUCAAUUUUACGAUGAAAACGUAGAAGGAAAAGUGGAGGGAUUUUUAGCAAAGCACGAUCAGAAGUCAAUCAUUACGAUUGAUGGCCGACUGACUCCAAGUGAACGCUUUUACGAAACAAUGACAAAGUUGGGAGAGUUACCCAAACAAAUGAAUCAAGAUGAUUUGGUCAUCCAGUCUGAUCCUGCAAUCCUUGAAUCUUUUUUUGAAGGAAGAGCCGCUUUUGGUGAAAACCCACCGCGAAUCAUAAUGGUUGGAAAGCCGAGUACGGGCAAGACUACAUUAGCAAAAAUGUUGUCCCAAGCUUGGGGAUGCCUUUAUCUAAACGCCUCCGAACUGAUCACCCGACAUAUUGAGGAGAAAUCCGGAAGGGGGCUGGAAAUUAUUUCCAUCAUGCAAAGAGGAGAAGAUUUGUCCGAUAUUCUUGUUUUCAACAUUGUCAAUGAAGCAUUGCAGUCUCCGGAAUGCAAAGAAAAAGGUUACAUACUAGAUGGAAUGCCAAAUUACAGCGAGAAGCUUCUAACCAUUCCCACUCAACUGGAGUUCCUAGCUCGAGUCUAUCCCGAACCGGCUUAUUGGGUCCUCAUCGAUAUCCCUGAUCCCGAAUUACGUGCACGUUGGGAAGCCGUGAGAAUCGAUCUUGCCACUGGUAAACUGUACCCUAAGGCUAGCUACGAUGUUGCCACGGAGCCUACAGGCCACUGUGACUUCCCAGUAGUCGAUGAGGAGAUGAAGAAACGUCUACUUAUUCGGCAUGAAGAGCUUCCGGAAAACGUGGAAUUAAGCUUCAGAUUCUACAACGAACAUGUGGAGCAGCCGUUGGAUAAAUUUAUUAAAAGUCUUGACCCCACAACUGUGAUAAGAUUAGAUGGGACGCUGUGUCCAAGGGAGCUAGGGAAGGAACUAUUUCGCAAGCUCAACGAUAUGCCGUUGCAUCAGGAACAGAAACCUUCGUCAAUCACAGUAGGCAGUAUACAGCGGACCACAACACCGACAGAUUUAGAAAUACCCGCAGAGUUCGCUGCUGCAAAACAGCUUUGGCAAGGUAAACCACCGCGUUUGGUCAUGGUUGGAAAACCUUGCACUGGAAAAACUCUGCUCGCCAAAAAAUUAUGUACAGCAUGGGAUUGUCAUUACAUCAACGCUUCCGAACUGAUUGCGCAACAUUUGGAAGUGGGGACAGGCAGAGGCCAGCAAAUUUUAAAAAUAAUGCAAGCUGGUGAAGAUUUAUCUGAUAUCAUGGUGUUCAAUUUGCUGAACGAGGCCAUUCAAUCACCUGAGUGCCACAAAAGUGGUUACAUUUUAGACGGGCUGCCGAAUUAUAGUCAACAGUUACUCAAUAUCUCAACCCAACUAGAAUUUCUGGCUCGGCUUUAUCCGGCACCCUACUAUUGGAUCGAUUUUGACAUAUCGGAUGAAGAGCUUCGUGCACGUUGGGAAACAGUACGUGUGGAUCAUGAAACCGGUGCACUGUAUUCGAGCGCCAGCUACGGUUUACAAUCGGAAGUUUCUGGUAGCUGUGACUUCCCCAAAAUUGAUGAAGAAACAAAAAAGCGACUCCUUACGCGACAUGAGGAGCUACCAGAAAUAUUGGACGAGCAUUUCAAGUUUUACAAUGAACAUGUCAGUACACCACUCGUGGAGUUUUUGGGACGUUGCUCGGCAUCCUCUGUAAUCUACCUUGACGGCACGUUGUGUCCAAAUGAAAUGGGGAAGGCUCUCAUAGAUACCAUCAGAGGACUGAUAGAUCGAUUCGGACUCAAGCCGUCGAAGGUUGGCGGAAGUUUGGAAAGGCUUAGAACGGCGUCAAUUUCUAAAGGCUCGCAUUCAGAUACAGCAGGCGUUCAAAAUUCUGAUGAGCCGGCCGGUCCAUGUCUCAUUCGGAUUAGGAAACGUUCGAUUACUGACAAUGCGAUGGAAUACAAUGAGUCUGACAUAAAGAGCGACGAGCAUAAGAAUCAUGGUUGCUGCCGUGAAUGUGGAGCGAAAUUCAGCGAAUUGCCAACUCAAAUUUGGAAGCAGAGAAGACCUCGAUUUCUCAUUGUCGGCAAACCGUGCACCGGAAAAACGACGUUGGCACGAUGCAUGGCCUCCACAUGGAAUUGUGAAUUAGUCAAUGCCAGUGAACUGAUUCAAAAACACAUGGAGUUGGACGAUUAUUAUGGGAAACAGAUCAAGGAACUGAUGAUGGCGGGACAAGACCUGGAUGACAUGUUGGUGAUUAACUUAAUGAAAACGAAAUUAGAGUCACCUGAAUGCCUGGAAAAUGGCUACGUUAUUGACAGUUUCCCAACAUUCAGUGAGAAGGCUCUGUCUGUGGCGAGGCAACUAGAGUUCCUGGAUUCGCUUAAUCCUGGGCCGGAAUACGUGAUCGACCUUCAGAUACCUGAUUCGAUCAUGCGAGACCGAUGGAAAGCGGUGAAAUUGGACUUGGAAACUGGCGAUCUCCUAAGUCCCAUAUCAAAACAAGGCCGCCACUUGCCAAACUGUUGCUUCGUUGCCUGCACAAGAAAACGACCAAAGAAGCAUGGCCAGCUAAUCACACGGCAUGAAGAACUGGCAGAAAACAUGGAAGCCAACAUUGCCUUCUAUCAAGAUGUGGUCGAACCUCAACUACGAGAUUGGUUGGAAAAACGAUUUGGUGAUAUGAUUAUCCCAAUGGACGCCGAUUUAUCAAACGACGAGCUGUUCCAACCCCUGCCUGACUUGUGGACCGAUAAGCCACCUCGGUUUGUCAUAUUUGGGAAACCGUGUACAGGGAAAACCACAUUGGCAAAACGUUUGUGCACCCUGUGGAACUGUGAACUUGUCAACGCAACUGAUCUUGUUCACAAACACCUUUCACGGAACACGAAGACCGGACAAAGGAUACGUGGUAUUUUAGACCAAGGUCAAGACUUGUCUGAUCAGUUCGUGAUUGACAUGUUGGUGGAGAAGCUGAAUUCUCCAGGAUGUACUGAAAACGGUUACAUAUUGGAUGGUAUUCCUACGUUUAGUGAAAAGUCGAAAUCUAUUGGAAGCCAGAUUGAGUUCUUAAAGACUUUAAAGCCGGAGUACAUAAUCAAUAUAGUGAUAUCCGACGAAGACUUACGUAAGCGCUGGGAGACAGUACGAAUCGACGUGUCGGACGGUGCACUGUAUAUGCACGGACUCACUGGCAGAACCGAUUGCCAUGCAAGAAAAGACCACACACGAGUAUUCGGUCAUCCCAACUUUCCGAAUUUAGACAAACCUACGAUUACACGACACGAAGAAUUACCAGAAAAUCUAGACCAACAUUUCAUUUUCCAUCAUGCACAUGUUUCACCAAAGAUCAAGGAGUUCAUUCAAGCGUAUGAUCAGUCAAAGAUAAUUACGCUUGAUGGUGAAUUAAGCUCAAUGCAAAUGUUGAAUAAUGUGCUCCACAAACUCAACGUCAUGUCCACGAACCCGAAUAUCUCAACGAGAGACCUGUUCGAUGAAAAAUACUCAGAAGAAUCAAAUGACCUGGUCUCCACUGUUUGUGGGUGUGAGAAACACAUUACACUACGGAUUGACUCACUUCCAGAGUUGUGGCUUAACAAACCACCUCGAGUGGUCAUACUGGGUAAACCACGUUCUGGGAAAACCACCUUGGCCAAAGGUCUCAGUACCCUGUGGAAUUGUGAACUAAUAUCUCGUAAGUUGAUUCUCUUCGUUUUUACCAUUGGUGUCAAGCUUUUGGAUUUUGAGCAUCACUAUAUCAAUAUUUGA